CUAAAUAUGGUAACCAUUAUACAGUUUAUUAAAAAAAAAACACGCUAAAAGCUUAAAUUAAGCUUUAGAUAAGGUUAGUAUCAUUGCUAUAAAUCCCAUAUAAACGAUAUAAUUUAUAAUCAAUGCUCCUGAAUAUCAAUUUGAAAGACUAAAUUACAUGACUAAUAUCACACACCUUAAAUGUCGGAGAUAAAGAUAUUCUUCGUUCUAAUUCGAAAAUCUGACGGGAUAGAAAGUAAGACUGAGUUGCCAAAAACAUCGAUGACCCAGAUGAAAGUACAUGCAUUAUACACCUGAAACAAAAUCAUUGUUUUAUUUAACAUAUUUGGGCUACCUUUUCGGUCGGUUCAUUCUUCACACUUAUUAUCCAUUAUCCCAUAUUCUCAUUAUGCUCAUUAUGUCGAUCUUUCAACCUAACCCAAAAAUUUGCGUCAUCAUAAAUAAUGUAUAUCUAAAUAUAUAGAUGGGGAAAAAUUAAAA